AUGAGCGCCAAUUUGCGAUUGCGGCAUGCUGACAAGGCGGCGAUGAAGCUUGGAUGGCGCUGGCGAAGCCAUUGGAAGUGCCUCGUCGAGGUGCAAGUCUUGCAGCCGUUUGUCGACUUGCCGUCUUUGCGUCAUUCCGUUUUUCCGUCUUGCCGGGCCGAUCUGGCGGCCCACGGACCGACUGCUCAGUUGAGAAAGCGAAUGAGCCGACUGGUCGCGUUUGUCAUUGCCGGUUUUAGCCGGCACGGUUCGCCAAGUGGACCGCAGCGUCGUAUCGGCGAGGACCCACGACUGGAUCAAUAA